UCACGUCGACACAAUGCAAAGUAUCAUUCGAUCAAGAAGACCAUCGACCAAAGAACUAUCAGCUUCAAAACAAACGUGAAAAUGUUCCGACGGUGUGUUAUCGUCUCUGUGACACUCUGCGUGCUACUGUGCCAUGUAGCUGCCAUCAACGCUGAAGGGUCAACCAAAUGCGAAUGUGCAGCUUUCAAUGCCAACGAAAGCGACAAACCACUUCCGAGUGAAAUGGAGCCAAUCUUGGUGCAGAAUCCGAUGAAUACUACAUGCAGCGAAGAAGAUGCCAGGAACUGCGAGUUACUGUGCAUCGAGCUGGUGAAAGUCGGUAAAGAUAAGGCACCAGAGAUUCUUUGUGAAAACUUAGAACAUAUGGCAUUGCAGCCAUCUUUAUGGUCGAGGACUUGUGAUGGAGAAUGGAAGUACAGUGGAUUGACGUGUGAGAAGAAGAUCUGCUGCCAUGAAUCAAAACCGGUGCCUUGUUGGGACGAAUAAUUUUAAUCCCCAUAGAUAUUGUAAAAAUUGACAUUCGCAAUGAUAUGGUACUCUCUAUAGAUAUAACUUAUUAGAAUUUUAGAAUUAGUCAUUAGAAAGCAUGCAAAUCAUUGAAAAAUAAAUAAAAAACAAGCAUUGAUGAUUAAA